CUGACGUAGAAAUCUCAAGUGGCCUGUCCUCAAUGUUAGUAUUUCAUAUAAAUACUGGUCCAGAACGUAUAGGAAGUCAGUGUUCUUCAUUUGUAAGAACGAAAAACAAAUCCAAUUUCAUCAUGAAAGUUCUCUUUUUGGCUAGUUUGCUGGUAGUUGCCGCCAGUGCCUCCCUGUUGCAGGAGCACGCGGUAAAAUUCCAAGCAUUCAAAAUGGUCCAUGGUAAAAGCUACCUGAACCAAGUAGAAGAAGCCAAACGUUUCUCCAUCUUCAGAGACAACCUCCGCGCAAUUGAAGAACACAACGCUCUCUACGAACAAGGACUUGUCUCUUACAAACAAAAAAUUACCAAAUUCACCGAUAAAACCCAAGAAGAAUUUAAAGCUUAUUUGAGUCUUCACAAAAAACCUACUCUAUUGAAGACCACCAAGUACAUCAAAACUGGAGUUGCUGUACCUGAGUCAGUAGAUUGGAGAGCACAAGGACAAGUUACUGGAGUUAAGGAUCAAGCAGAUUGCGGAUCUUGCUGGGCAUUCUCCCUUACUGGUUCAACUGAAGGUGCCCACUACCGUAAAACUGGAAAAUUGGUCGCUCUUUCUGAACAACAAUUGAUUGACUGCACCACUGACCUCAACUACGGUUGUGAGGGUGGAUAUUUGGAUCAAAGUUUCCCUUACGUCGAAGAGAAAGGCCUUCAAUCUGAAGAAAGCUACCCUUACGAAGCUGAAGAUGGUACUUGCAGAUACAACGCGUCCGCAGUCGUCACUAAAACUACGAGCCACGUUUCUAUCGAAGCAGAAGAUGAAAGUGCUCUUUUAGAAGUAGUAGCUACAAUCGGUCCAGUUUCCGUUGCUAUCAAUGCCGAUUACAUCACUUACUAUGCCUCUGGCGUAUUCGAAGACGAGAGAUGCACAGCUGACGGACUCGACCACGGUGUGCUUGUUGUAGGAUAUGGAACAGAAAAUGGAAAAGAUUAUUGGAUUGUCAAGAAUUCUUGGGGUGCUGAAUGGGGUGACGAAGGUUACUUCAAAUUGGCACGUGGAACAAACGAGUGUGGUAUUGCCGAAGACACUGUUUAUCCAGUUAUUGCCUAAGAAUAUAUAUACUAUGUAUAGCUAUACUUAUGUAUAGCUAAUUAUUAAACGAUUAAAAAACUUUAUUCUAUUUAUCUGUUUUAUUUUUC